CAGACCCGUAGGCAAGGGCUUGCUUUUGGAGCCGAGACGAUUAUUGCAGGCCCCAGCGACGUGACGGGAGGUUGCUUUUGGCGCCAAAAUAGGUGAUAGCGGUUGUGGAGAAAGGUGUGCCGUAGGGGUGCACAUCACUCCCCUUGCGUGCGAUCACAAAGAUGCAGAGGUUCCCCAUGAUCAGGGGCCUUUUAGCCCACUGUUAUGGCACGGCGCUGUGGCACAACGCCAUGGUCAUUAUAGCCCACCAAUCCUGAACAAAUUACCAGAUUUGUUAUUGUUGUCCUUUUAGUUGAGUUGGGGAGGGCUUCACUUUGCCGAACCUGUCACACCCACCCCUACGGCACACAGACAAUCCCUUCACCAACCGCCUAACACGCGCUGUAAAAUAUGACAUGUAAAUUAAAUAUGGAAACCCGACUUGCCGAUAUACCAGUAACGAGUGGCUUUGCGCAACGACCGCACAUUACCGACAAUUUUCUUUUACGCUGGAGUCACAUGACCAGCGCGUGCACUCGAGAGAUUACGGGAUGCAGCGGAUUCCGGGAUUUGGAGGACCCACACGGAAGGGAGCAGAGGAACAGGCCCUCGGUAAUCUGGAUCGUGUAUAAAUAGCUGUCUCCUGCUCCCUCUUUGGCGGAUAGAUUCCUUCCUUCUUCAUGCACUCUCCGUGCCGUGUGGGGGUGCCGGCUCCUACUGACAUUUUAUGGUUUUUGGACCAACAUUUUGCAGAUAUGAGCACCAGAGAACCCUCCACAGAUGUGUGGCCUUUAAGGCUCCCUCUUUCCCUGCGGGACAAAUUUAGGAGACAGGUGGAGGCGAGCCUUAGAGCGGAGGUGGAGGAGGCCCUCAAGGAGCGGCUAGGGCGGAGGCUCAAGAAACAGUGGAAACGGGCGUUUAAGAAAGAGAAGGAAGAGAAGGCCGCUCUAGGGCGAGCCUUAAGCUCUUCCACACGGCGAUGCGCGAAGCUCGCGCGGCGUUUUGAGGACUACAUGUCUCAGAAGUAUGUGGUCAACCUCACCGGAGAUAUCCAGUGCUUUGUUUGCAAAGCCCUCUUCGAGCCUAUCAUUCUUUUCAUGUUCCCUUCCGGAAAGGUUCUUUGUCCUUCCUGUAAGGAUGGCAUUGUUACAGUUUUUAACGACAGCAAAUGUCAAAUUUGCCACGAGCCCCAAAGUUUGGACCAGGUGGCAACGACAGGAUGCGGCCAUAUAUAUCAUCAUCAGUGCAUCGGAAGAUGGCUUGAAGAAGGGAAGAAGCAGAGGGUGCAAAGGAAUUGUCCUAUAUGUCGCCGACCUGGGGAUACGCUAGUAACCAUGAGCGGAGUGGGUCCUGAGAUUCUUGAGCAAUUGCAAGCAUUCGUGCCACCGAAUGGAAGCAUUUGAGGCGAUUGUUUGGUGUUAUAGUUGUAACGAACAGUGGUGCGAGCCUUAUGCCACUGCGCUAAUAGCACUCCAAAAGGUCACCAAUUCAAGCCACUGCUUGAAUUGCUCGUCUGCACGGCUUAUAUGGGAUAAGUGCACCACACCACACUGGGCUGUUACAAUCGUAUAUCUAAUUAUUAGAGGCUUACGGUAAGGCGGCGAAAAAAAGGUAGGGGGCGAUGUUCGAGUUUAAUAUGGGAUGUGCAAUUUAGUGCGGGUGACCCGGCCGAGAGUAACUGCAUGUUACGACGUGGCAUUUCGCCCCUUGACUUGUGCAGAAUGGUUGAAGGAGAGGUGUGACGCCUCGGGCCACACCUUUAUCUUGUCAGUUGUCAGAAAACAAUGUCUCUAGUCAUCGAUGAAUGGGAAGAAUGGAUUGUCCU